CUUAAAAGCUCAGCUCAGAGCUACAACCAUUUGGAUCAUCAUUUUGCGUCAAAUCCAUGAGCAUGCAUCAUGGGAGACAGGCUUACCCAACUACAGGAUGCUGUUGAUCAGCUCGCGCAGCAAUUCGUCGCUAGCAUCCAUUAUAUCGAUAGACACCACAACCUGGAGACAUUAGGUCCAGGCGACCAAAUCCGAGAUGUAAAACAAGAGCCGGGACAAGAGGAGGUAGACCCGCAUCCCGAAGACGUCUUUAAGGCGUCGCAAGUCGAGCUUGCCCAAGACCUCAUUACGAAAGAGCAACAGAUCGAGCUUCUCAUCUCAAUAUUACCCGGCCUCGAUAACAGCGAAAAAGACCAAGAGAGGAACAUCAAAGAGCUUGAAGAGGAACUCAAGGUCGCGGAGGCACAACGGCAAGAGGCGAUCAAAGAGAAGGAAGAAACCAUGGCGAAACUAGACGCCGUCAUCCGAAGCAUCAGACGCCCGUGAUUAUCGAAUGAUGGAUAGAAAGAUGUUUAUAUGAUACCCGGUUAGAUUAACCAAAUUAGGCGUUCUGGACAUUAUUACUUCCUAGUAGGCUAUGGAAAAGGCA